UCUCCCCCGCAUAACCCCGCCUCUUGUGGGCAGGUUCCAUAUUGGGUAAAAUCUCGGCUCGCGGAGAGUCCCGGGAACUGUAAUCGCGAGAGUACAGCGGGAGGCUCCUGCUGGCUGACUCUGGAACCCCGACCCCUGGAGCCUCCGCGGUCGCAGCAGCUAGAGCGAGAGUCCGGCGACGCGCCCGGGGAUUGGCCUGGUGGGGAGAGGGUGCAGGGAGGUCGCGGCGGGCGUAGCUUUGAGCUCCGGAGCGCGCCCUGCUCUUAGCCGGCUCGCCUGCAUCGCUGAGGCUCGCCCAGCAGCUGCAGCUGACAGGGGCCAAGCGCGCGGGAGUCUGUGGGGUCGCAGCAGCCGCACCUGCGCGGGCGACCAGCGCUAAGGUCCCCGCCCAACCGGGCGGGCAACUAGGGCCGGGAACGGGUGCGGGUGCAGGCGGCGGCCCCGCAGGGCCACCUUCUUGCCCCGCAGCUGCCGCUGGAAAAUGUCUCAGGAGAGGCCCACGUUCUACCGGCAGGAGCUGAACAAGACAAUCUGGGAGGUGCCCGAACGUUACCAGAAUCUGUCCCCGGUGGGCUCCGGUGCCUAUGGCUCUGUGUGUGCUGCUUUUGACACAAAAACUGGGUUACGUGUGGCAGUAAAGAAGCUAUCAAGACCAUUUCAGUCCAUCAUUCAUGCCAAAAGAACCUACAGAGAACUGCGGUUACUUAAACAUAUGAAACAUGAAAAUGUGAUUGGUCUUUUGGAUGUUUUCACACCUGCACGGUCUCUGGAGGAAUUCAGUGAUGUGUAUCUGGUGACCCAUCUCAUGGGGGCAGAUCUGAACAACAUUGUGAAAUGUCAGAAGCUUACAGAUGACCAUGUUCAGUUCCUUAUCUACCAAAUUCUGCGAGGUCUAAAGUAUAUACAUUCAGCUGAUAUAAUUCACAGGGACCUAAAACCUAGUAAUCUAGCUGUGAAUGAAGACUGUGAGCUGAAGAUCCUGGACUUUGGACUGGCUCGGCAUACAGAUGAUGAAAUGACAGGCUAUGUGGCCACUAGGUGGUACAGAGCCCCUGAGAUCAUGCUGAACUGGAUGCAUUACAACCAGACAGUUGAUAUUUGGUCAGUGGGAUGCAUAAUGGCCGAGCUGUUGACUGGAAGAACAUUGUUUCCUGGUACAGACCAUAUUGAUCAGUUGAAGCUCAUUUUAAGACUCGUUGGAACCCCAGGGGCUGAGCUUUUGAAGAAAAUCUCCUCAGAGUCUGCAAGAAACUAUAUUCAGUCUUUGGCCCAGAUGCCGAAGAUGAACUUUGCAAAUGUAUUUAUUGGUGCCAACCCUUUGGCUGUUGACUUGCUGGAGAAGAUGCUUGUAUUGGACUCAGAUAAGAGAAUUACAGCAGCCCAAGCCCUUGCACAUGCCUACUUUGCUCAGUACCAUGAUCCUGAUGAUGAGCCAGUGGCCGACCCUUACGAUCAGUCCUUUGAAAGCAGGGACCUCCUCAUAGAUGAGUGGAAAAGCCUGACCUAUGACGAAGUCAUCAGUUUCGUGCCACCACCCCUCGACCAAGAAGAGAUGGAGUCCUGAACACCUGGUUUCUGUUCUGUUGAUCCCAUUUCACUGUGAGGGGAAGGCCUUUUCAUGGGAACUCUCCAAAUAUCAUUCAAGUGCCUCUUGUUACGAAGAUUUCCUUCAUGGUGGAAGGGGUGUGUGUGUGUGUGUAUGUGUGUGUUAGUGUAUGUACAUGUGUGUAUCUGUCUUUGUGGGAAGGUGAGAGAAUAUGAGUAAACUAUGAUCACAGUGACUUUACAUGGAAUUGCAGAUGCUCCUUGGCAGCCUCCACUUGUUCUUCAUUUUGUGAGUCAGCUCAGGCAGAUAAGAGCUGCCUUCUUGUUAGGAAAAUGUAAAUGCAAAGUAAAAAUAUAUUGAACGUUCCCUAUUUCAGUCAUGCUUUUGCCACUUUGGCUUCUCCUGUGACCCCCACCUUGACCGUGGGAGUAGGCUUGACCACAUCCCACAGUGGCAGAGAGAAGGCUCACACUUUCUGGUUGCUUCACACCUGAAGCCAUCCCUCAGCAGUGCAUACAGCCAAGACAGACCAACUGGCCUCUGUGCGCUAACCUGUGUUAUCUUGCUUAAUACGGUUCUCAGAACUUGACAGCUGUAUUUGAAAUUGUAAAUAUGUUUGUGCCUUAAAAGGAGAGAAGAAAUGUAGAUAGUUAAAAGAUUACAGCUGCUGAAGUUCUGAGCCAGGGCUGUUGGACGGCUGCUGUGGGCCCAGAGUAGCCGGGUAGCCUUCAGAGGCAGCCAUGUGUGCGCAUGCAUAUGUGUGCAUCUCUCUCUCCUCACCCCCAGCUGAUGUGGCCAUUUCUCUGCUCACCUCUCACCUUCAGUGCAGAGUUUCAUGAGUAUUGGCGCUAGUGGUCAGAAGCAGGUCCUUGCUGCCAGUGUGCAUCCUGUGUGCUCUUUAUUUCUAGCAGAGUGAGGAUGUGUUCUGCACGUCUUGCUAUUUGAGCAUGCACAGCUGCCUGUCCUGUUCUCUUCGGGAGGCCCUGGUGCCAGGCAAGUUUGCCAGUGAAGACUUGGAUAGUUCAGAUCCUGUGUCACCUCAGCUGAUGCUAUGGGCAAGUGACAUCAUCCUCUCUUUAGCCCCCAGCGCUAUUUUGUGUUGAUCACAAUUGAUAUUCCAGGUGCUUUUGAAGUAAAAACCAUGAAAAAAAUGGAACAGAUAGAUGUAUAGUGUUUUCAUUCUUGCCAUCUUCCAACAAACUGUUUUGGGGUAGCUAUCAAUGGGAAAGAUCAGGGCUUUUCCUUUAAGAAUAUCCCAAACUUUGGAAAACAGGUUAUUCUCUUUUCUCCCACUAAUCAUUGCUAAGGAAAUGCUGAAAAUAAAAGUAAAAAAAAAAAAAAAAAAAAAAGUGAGGCCAGAAACUCCUUUUGCUGUCUUUCUGUACAAGUAGUUAUGUAAAGAAAAAAAAAGAAAGAAAUGAGGUGUCAUUUCCACUCCUCUUGGCAGCUUAAUAUUGACUUCUUGGUUUGGGGAGAAAUAAAUUUUGUUUCAGAAUUUUAUAUAGUGUAGGAAUCCUUUUGAGAAUGUGAUUCCUUUUGAUGGGGAGAAAGGGCAAAUUAUAUUAAUAUUUUGUAUUUUCAACUUUGUAAAGGUGAAAUAUCCUCAGGGGUGGAGAAAAGUUGUUUUCAUAAUUUUCUGAAUUUUAGGUAUUUUGUGCUACAUAAGGGCCCACGUAUUUAAGUCUUUUGUGUAAUAAGAAAGUGUAAAGCCACUUCCAGUGUUGGCUAUGUGACAAAAUCUUGUAUUUGAGCCAAGAUGUUUCCAUUUCUUUAUCAGUGCGGUGAUGCAUGCACUCCAGGAGGCCAGGGUAGGACCCCUGAUUCAACUGGAGCAAGAAGGAAGGAAGCAGGCUGAGGGUGAUACCACCUCACUGGGGAUUCUCCCCUCUUUCAAGGAAAGUGAACGUAAAGGCCUCAUCUUCUUUACAUGCACUUCAAAUCCUCACCAUCCAUAGCAAGAUGAAUUUUAUCAGCCAUGUUCGGUUGUCAAUGCUAGUAUGGUUUUCUAUAGAAAUACUGCUCUGAAUAUUUUUAAUAAAGGUCUUUGCACAUGUGACCACAUACGUGUUAGGAGGCUGCGUGCUCCAGGAGCCUGGGACUCUAAACUGGGGCUCUUGGAAGAGCUCUUUGGUUUCUGAGCAUAAUGCUCCCAUCUCCUCCUGACUUCUCUGAACAGAAAACAAAGGAGAGAAUGAGGGAAACUGCUAUUUUAUUUGUAUUCAUGAACUUGGCUGUAAUCAGUUAUGCCAUAUAGGAUGUCAGACAAUACCACUGGUUAAAAUAAAGCCUAUUUUUCAAAUU